UAAGGAGCAAAGAAUAGGCAACUUAGACAAGGAAUUGAGGAAGAAGCCAGAGGAGAGGCCAGCUUCACAAAGAUAACAAGCGGUUUUCUCGGUUAGAAAACAGCUUCCAGCAGGUCUAGAGCGGUUUCGCCGUUUGGAGAGAAAGAGAAGAUGAGUUGAAGUGGAUAUCUUAAGACCGCUUUAUCUGAAUAUACUUGGUUUACAGAAGGAAAGUCCUCCGGGAGCUUAAAAAAGCUUUGUCUUUUUGCCUUUUUUGCAUUCAAUUCGCUUUCUCUCUCCUCUCAGUUUUGCUCCACCUAGCAGCGCCCCUCCCAUUCCGACCGACUCACCCCGGAUCAUCCCCCCUAUAUGAUCAUGAUCCAGACGAUGAUCAGACGAUGAUCCUUAGAGCUCAAAAUAUAAGGCAGUUCCGGCAGCGGCAGCGGCAGUAGUACUAAUGGCGUUCUCGAGAGCUGUUGUUGAAGCGGCCGAGGAAGAGAGCAGCCUUCUUCUGGGUUCGGCUAAUUUCAUGGCUUCUUCCGAGAAAGUGAGUGCCCAGGCGGCUGCCCAGGUGGUCCUUGUUGAGCAGCAACAGCAAGUUCAGGAGCAUCAUCAUCUCCAGCAUCACGUUUCUUAUGGAGUGAUGCAAUCGGCUUCAUCAUCAUCCGCCAUUCCUGGCAACUUCGCAAGCAAAGAUCCUGCAGGGAAUUAUGAUUUGGGUGAGUUAGAUCAAGCCCUCUUUCUAUAUCUUGAUGGACAAGAUCCAUCUGGUUUGCAAGAGCCAAGGCAGAAUUCUGGGAUGAGGCCUGAAACUUUGAACAUUUUCCCUUCUCAGCCGAUGCAUGUAGAGCCAUCAGCAGUCAAGGCAAAUGUUGGGUUAGUUUCUCCAGCAAUGUCUGGUUCAAAGAGGCCAUCUGAGCCGUCCAUGGAGUUGUCCAUUCCAAAAGAAAAUGUCACCCCUGGCCAUGAACCACCAAAUAAAGCCACCAAGCGAGAAGGCAAUCGCAAAGGCACAACUUCAGGUAAUUCGGCAGAGCAGGAAGUACCCAAAACACCAGACCCCAAGACACUGAGGAGGCUUGCUCAGAAUAGAGAGGCAGCUAGGAAAAGCAGGCUCAGAAAGAAGGCUUAUGUUCAGCAGCUGGAGUCAAGCAGGAUCAGGCUUACUCAACUCGAACAAGAAAUCCAAAGGGCUAGAACUCAAGGUGUUUAUGUUGGGGGAGGCGCUCUGCUGGGUGGUGACCAGGCCUUUCCUGUCGUCAACAACAUAAGUGCAGAUGCUGCUGUCUUUGACAUGGAGUACACGAGGUGGCUGGAUGAACACAACCGGCUUAUAUGCGAGCUCCGAGCAGCGAUGCAAGAGCAUAUGCCGGAGAAUGAGCUUCGGAUCUUCGUUGAAAACUGCCUAGCCCACUUUGAUGAGUUUAUAAGCCUCAAGGGCAUGGUGGCCAAGUCCGACGUCUUCCAUCUCGUCUCUGGCAUGUGGAAGACUCCGGCUGAGCGGUGCUUCAUGUGGAUGGGAGGCUUUCGGCCAUCUGAGCUCAUCAAGAUCAUUGUGAAUCAAAUCGAGCCGUUGUCGGAGCAACAGCUGCUGGAAAUCUGCGGGCUACAGCAGUCGACUCAGGAAGCUGAGGAAGCUCUGUCCCAAGGGCUUGAAACUCUGAACCAGUCUCUCUCGGACACCAUUGCUUCCGAAUCACUGAUGAGCUGCCCUCCCAACAUGGCCAACUACAUGGGCCAGAUGGCUGUUGCCAUGAACAAGCUCUCCACCCUUGAAGGUUUUGUCAGACAGGCAGAUAAUCUGAGGCAGCAAACGGUUCAUCGGCUCAUCCAUGUCCUGACGACCCGCCAGGCCGCAAGGUGUUUUCUGGCAAUUGCUGAGUACUUCCAUCGUCUCCGUGCCCUCAGCUCCCUCUGGCUGUCGCGCCCCCGUCAGGAAUAAUUAAGAAGGAAAACUAAAUAGAAGAACUAAAACAAAAGACAGUGCUAGUUAAUUAUGUACCUUAUUAGUAUCUUUAGCUAGUAUGCUUCCUUAGACAUAUUAUAUUAUUAUUAUUACUAUUAUAUGUGGUUAAGUUCUCUUAUAUUUUCCAGUUCGUUUUCGUGAUAAAUGUAUAGAUCACAAAAUUGAGAUAGAACCAGAACAUAUAUAUAACCUAGAGCUAAUUAAUCUUUCUUAA